AAAAAAUUACAAAAAAAUGAUAAAAAAUCAUUAUCAAAAACAAGUGGAUUAAUAAUUAAUGAAAGUAUAAUGACAAUUGAUAAAAUUAAUAAUAGAAAAAAAAUGAAAAAAGGAAAAUUACCAAGUUUCAAUUCAAAAAGUACAAUUCCAACUAAACGUGAUUCAAAUAAUUUGAUUAUUAUGAAAAAAGAACGAAAACGAAGAAAAGAAAAAAUUCACAAAAAUGCUACUCGCAGUUUGAGUUUAUCAAAAAAUCCACAAGGAAAAAUUGAUGAAAAUUUCAAUGAUUUAGUGGAAAUUUAUCACAAUAGAGCAUUAAAAAAUGAAAAUAUGUCUAUUGUUUCAAGUAAACAUUCACGAAUGAAUCCUCAUUUUAAUGAGGAAUCUGUUUAUGAAAUUAUGCCGAAAAAUUUGAAAAAUGAAGAAAUUGAGAAAAAAUUGGAAAUUAGAGGAAAUGAACAAAAAUUGCCAAUAGUCAACAAUAUUUUUCCAUCAAAAGAAAAAUCAAUUUACAAUGAAUCAAUUGAAAAAAAUAUCAAUGAAAACAAAAAUGAAGUGAAUUAUUUAAAUUCAUAUAAGGGAAAUAAAUUUUAUGAUCCAAUUUUAAUGAGAAAUUAUGAACAACCAACAGUUGCGUCAAAAUUAAAGAGAGUUCAACGUUCAUAUUACAAUAGAUUUAAUUUUCAAAAUAUUCCAUUUACAAUUGGCACUUCAAUUUCACCGAGUCACAAUUUAGGACUUAAUAUUCAACAAGUGUUGAGUAUAAUGAAAAGUAAACAGGCAAAACCACAAGCUGUUUCCACAAUGUUAAUACGAAAAAUGAGUCAAGGAAAUAGGCCCCUAAAAAAUUUAUCAAAUGAAAUAAAUUCAAAAUUUGGAUUAAAUAAAAAUUCUAAUUUAUAUUUAAAAAAUUCAAUGUUAAAUUUUAAACAAUCACAAAUUUCAUCAUCAUCAUCAACAACAAACAAUCGAAUUGGUGAAAAUUUAAAAAAAAAAAUUUCCCCCUCAUUGCAGCAAAAUUUUCAAAAUCGAAAUAUUUGUGAAACACUUUUUGAGGAUAAAGAGAUGGAAUUGAAUGUGGAAGAAAAAAAUUCUUUUAAUUUGCAUGUAAAUCGUGAAAAAGAAAAUAGAGACGUUUUAAUAAAACUUCAUGAUGAAUUCGAAGAAAUGAAUUCAAAAUAUGAAAAAUUGCAAGAGAAGUCAGAAAAAUAUAAGGGAAAAUCAUUAACAAAAGAAAUAGAAAAACUUGAAGUUGAUCUUACUGCAAAGGAGGAGGAAAUUAAUGCCGUUGUUGGACUCUAUAAGGAAGUGAUGUCAUUAAAAAAGCAAAUGAAAAGAAUGUCAGAGAAAAAUAAUUUUAUUUGCAUGUCAUCGGAAUCAUCAAAUCAAAAGCCAAUAAUUAAUUAUGCACAUAAUCCAACAAUACGCGCAUAUUUUUCACCACAUUUGCAAUUAAAUAAAAAUAAUCGCGACAAUUAUUAUUAUUCUAAUAAUCGUGAACCAUCAACGGGAACACGAUUAACUGGUCUCUUAAGACAAAUUCAAAUGUUUCAAUGGCAACUUAAACAAGCUUCAUUGUAAUAAAUAAAUUAUUACUUUUUACACUCAAAAUAAAAAUGUAAAAUAAAAUUGAUGUAAAAAAAACACCCG